UUGACUUUCCUCUCUGAUCCUGCGCUAUGAAGAGUCUGAACAACCGUGCCGACAGCCACCUGUCCAGUCAGGUGGAAUGCGAGUUGGAUAACAUGGGUUCCUGGGUGAACCAGGGUUACAUUGGCGACUCGCCGCCCUUGCCUCGAGUCGUGAGCACAGACUACAACCCGCAGCCACUCUUCCAGGGUUCCAUGGAGAGAAUGUACAACGUGGACAUCCCAGGCUCUUUGCCAGAGGAACCGCGCUCAGCCGAUAAAAUCCCGGUGAAGAAACGAAGAGGUUGCUGCUCUUUCAUUAAAGGCUUGUGGGGUACGACAUUGACUGAGAACACCUCGGAUAACCGGGAACUGUUUGUCCGCACAACUCUACGGGAGUUAAUGGUCUACGUGGUCUUUUUGGUGGAUAUUUGUCUUUUGACAUACGGUAUGACGAGCUCAAGCACCUACUAUUACACCAAAGCCAUGACUGAUCUGUUUGUGAAUACGGCCGGAGAAAGUGGGGUUAAGUUUCAGUCCAUAAGCACCAUGGGAGAUUUCUGGACUUUUGCUCAAGAACCAUUAUUGGAUGGGCUCUACUGGACUAAAUGGUACAAUAACCAGUCCCUGGAGAGUGGAGAUCAGUCCUUCAUCUACUAUGAAAACAUGUUGCUGGGAGUUCCAAGGAUGAGGCAGAUUAAGAUCAAGAAUAACUCCUGUAAAGUUCAUAAAGACUUCCAGGAUGAGAUCACAGGAUGUUACGAUGUCUACAAUGAUAAGAAGGAGGAUGAUCUCAACUUUGGUCUUAUCAAUGGCACGGCGUGGAACUAUCACACUGAGAAAAUGAUCAAGGGUUCCUCCCACUGGGGGUUGCUGACCACCUACAGCGGCGCCGGAUACUACCAGGACCUGGGUCGAACCAAGGAUGAAAGCGCAAUUGUACUAAAAGAGCUAGAGGAGAACCUUUGGCUGGACCGAGGAACCAGGGCUAUUUUCAUCGACUUCUCCACUUACAAUGCAAACAUCAACAUGUUCUGUGUCAUUAGGUUGGUGGUGGAAUUCCCGGCAACUGGCGGAGCUAUUUCUUCCUACCAGAUCCGAACAGUCAAACUGAUUCGCUACAUCAACUACUGGGACUACUUCAUCCUGGGUUGUGAGAUGGUCUUCUGCUUAUUCAUCCUCUAUUAUGUUGUGGAGGAGAUUCUCGAGCUUCGCAUACACAAGUUCUCCUACUUCAAUAGCAUUUGGAACAUUCUUGACAUAGUAGUCAUACUGCUCGCCAUUGUUGCCAUUAUUUUCAAUAUUUUUCGUACGGUCAAAGUGGACAAGUUGCUCGGCAAAUUGUUGGACCAACCCGAAAUCUACGCUGACUUUGAGUUUCUGGCAUUCUGGCAAACACAAUACAAUAAUAUGAACGCAGUCAACUUGUUCUUUGCGUGGAUCAAGGUCUUCAAGUACAUAAGUUUCAAUAAGACAAUGACUCAGCUGUCCUCUACACUUGGUCGCUGUGCCAAAGACAUUGUGGGCUUCGCUAUAAUGUUCUUCAUCGUGUUCUUCGCCUACGCUCAACUCGGAUAUUUACUCUUUGGUACAGAAGUAGAAUCCUUCAGCACCUUUGUCAAGUGCAUCUUCACCCAGUUCAGGAUUAUUCUAGGAGACUUUGAUUAUGACGCAAUUGAUCGUGCAAACAGAGUCCUUGGACCCAUUUAUUUUGUCACAUACGUUUUCUUCGUUUUCUUCGUCCUGCUAAACAUGUUUCUUGCCAUCAUAAAUGACACAUAUUCCGAGGUGAAAGAGGAACUGUCGUCCCAGAAAGAUGAGCUCCAGAUCACCGACAUCAUCAAACAGAGUUACAUGAAGACAUUCAUGAAGCUGAAACUUAAAAAUGAGAAAAUAUCAGACGUCCAGAGAGCUCUACGCGCGGGGUCUGGCGAUAUUGAAUUCAAAGAUUUUAGAGAAACUUUGAAAGAGAUGGGACAUGCUGAUCAUGAAAUCUCUGCAGCUUUCUCACAGUUUGACCGUGAUGGGAACCACAUUCUAGAUGAGGAUGAACAGGAAAAAAUGAAAACAGAGCUGGAGGAAAAAAGGGAUGCCCUUGCUGCUGAACUCAACAAUCUUGGAAUGAACUAUGGGAAAAAUUUAGGGGAAAAGCCUCCAAUGAUCUUAAAUGACCAAAAGAACAACGCUGAUCCCGCAUUUAUGGACCAAGAGCAGUUUCUAAGAUUGUCCAGGCAGGUUCUCCACCUUGAAAGUGCCAUGUCCGGCAUCACAGUGAAGAUUGAGUUGAUUUUGAAGAAAAUUGGGAUAGAGGACAUAAGCGAACUAAACAAAACCAAUGGAAAGACGGUGACCAAUCACAUUGCGGAUAAAAAUGCCUCCGACGGGAGCAUCCUGCUUUGUGUGGACCGAGGGACAAAGCCCGCGCUGCCCUCAGGAAGAAUUUGCCCUAUCCCCACAUAUGACUGUCACAUGUGAUAAAACCUUGAGAUGUGUUGUUGGAAGCUGUUUCAUAGGGGAUGAAGAAAAAGUUACGGAUCAAAAAUCUUAAUGCUUUAAAAGUAAUAUAUCUUUGCUGAAAAUAUGCUCCACUCUCAUUUCAGCAUAGAAAUCUUUAACACUUUGGUGCGUUUGAGCUUCGACCGGGUCACAUUUCUUUAAAAUAUGCGCUGUAAAUAAUUUUUUUAUUUGCUUUCUAGACAUCAGCACUAGAGCUAAAUAUGAAAUGUUUCAGCUCAAAUAUUUACAAACUACAAUGUUAAGUAGAUUCUGCUUAAAUAAAAAACUACAUAUUAGAAGUGUGUACAAUAUAUUCUUGUUAGGCAACACAGCAUAACAGAUGAAUGCCUAAAAUUAUAGUUGCCUAUUUUACCAUUUACCCAAAAAGUUGUCAACUUCUUUGCGCAGUACAGUGAAGUGUGAACAUUUGUGCAAUCAAGGGUUUCAUAAUUAUUGAAAUCUGCAUUAAGGUGUGUUGGUAAAAUGUAUAUGCGGUUAAAUAAGUGUCUA